AUGUCGUCACGCUUGGGAAGAAAGAAAAAGCCGUCCACCGAAGAGGCAUUACAACAGGUGAAAGAACUUUGCGAGCAAUAUUCGAAAAGGAAGAGGAAACCAGUUCGGUUUGAAAUAAACACUGACCCAAAAACUGGUCUUCGUGAUUUCAAGGGAACAUAUGAUUCCUCAAGAAGAUGUAGUAGACGUUCAGGUUUGAUUGAUCAUUUACUAAAUUAAAUCGUUCUAGUAAAGGAGUUGAAAAUGAUUUAGAAUGGACCGUGCUUGUACAGUAUUUGGGACAUUUUAUAUACUGUAGGGAGAGAAUAGCCGAAUAGGGCGAUAAAAGUAUGAUUUGCUUUGUGUCUAUGAGUGCAAUUAAAAAAACGAGAUGAUACAACAACAUGUAAUACUUAGGCCACCAAUUUUAGCAAUUUAAUACACAAGGCAAUUUUAUUGACAUAAAAAUUAAGCAACACAAAAUUUUAACCAGUCUGGAACAAUUUGUAUUAAUUUGUAUCUCUCAUGUCUUAAGUAUGUAUUUAUUUAAAUAAAAAAAUAUUGGGAACUUUGCCUGUAAAUUGGCCAUCAUUACAGGUGCAAUGCAAUGGUGUUCAGUAUUACCACUGUCCAUCAGGGUUGGUAGGUUGCUGAUUAAAUUAAGCCAUUAUAUAAGUAGCAUAACCUUUGUUUUCUUUGUUUGAAACCAAGACAUCAAAGGGCCGCUUAUAACAAUGUUUGGCUUAUUUAUUCGGCACUAAAUCUACCAACCCUGCUGUCCAUGCCGUCCUACCAAGGAAACAUUCACAUAAAUAUGUGACGGUGGGGGUGAUUUAGUCAAAGUUACAUACAUAUAUUGAGUGGCAGAGGGGGCAUCACAAGCACUGUCGUGUGAUGUUAUAGGCUGAAAUUAAAUAAGGCAAUGUUUAUGAAAUUUUCUGCAAUGAGUUUCCUGCAAAUUUGUAAAAUAAUCCUCAUUUGAUCACAAACAACUGUCAAGGUUCCAUGUUCCAGGUACUGUUAAACAUUGUCUUGAAUUGGCAAGUAGUAUCUUCCUUGAAAUUUCUGAAACUAGAUUCUGAAAGCUUCCUUUAAAAUGUGUGCAAAAUUUGAGCUGUCAAAUUAACAAACCAAAGAGCCUGUUUGCAGGAGAAGUGAACCAUACACUUCAUUCAUAUAUCUAAACUUCUUAUCGACAUCAUAUGGCAACUAAGUUCCAGUAGAUGCCAAAAACAAUUUAUUAAGAGUGCAUUAAUUAACCCAUUGAGCUGCAAUGCGCCCCAGUGCACCCAGUGUUUUUUUUACUUGUCUAACACCAGAUGAUUUUACUUGUCGAUCCAUGGGGAAGCUCUGUAUUCUGUAUAACUUAAUGGUUAAACUACAGUAAUUUUGAAUUUAAAACAUCUUAAUACAAGAGCUACAAUACAAUGAAUAUAAUGUUAUAACCAUGUAACAUUGGGCCUCACUUUAUUCUAUUUAAUAAAGAUGUUAUAGUGCCUGCUGAGUGCUCGAGUGAAAUGUGCGAACCUGAUGAUUUCAGUUAUGAAGACAACCAAGUGAAAGGUAUACAAAGGGAUUGUUUAUAAUUCUUAUAAUUAUCAAUAUUUUACCCUAUUAAGAGCAUAAAGACUUUCCCAGAACAUAAGUCCAUUUCGAAUAGUGUACCACAUUGGUGAUGAAAAUUAUGGUUAUUGCAUGAGCAUUCAUUUGAUGGUUAGGAAGACGUUGAUAAUUAUUAUUGGCCCCUCCCAGGGCUGCAAAUUACUGUCGGACAUCGGACAAUGUCCGACUAAAUUGGGCAAAUGUCUGAGCAAAAGUAGUUUUUAUCGGACAUUGGUCCGAUCACAAAAAAAAUUGUCACAUGCUGUACAUUUUUUGCUGUGACAAAAUCCAAUGCAAAUUCACUCAAUUUGCAUUUUGCAAUAACGUUGCGCCGGAAUGGAUAUACAUACUUCUCUUGUGACUUAUAAUAUUAAUAUAGCUUGUGACGUAUAUUUUUCCGACCAAAUUUAGUUGGUUUUUGUCUGUAGUGACCAAAUUCAAGUUAUGUCCGACCAAAAUUAAAAGUGAUCGGACAAAUGUCCUGUCAAGUCAAAUAUUUAUUUGCAGCCCUGCCCUCCUAUGUUUUUCUAAAUGUGUUAUUAGCCAAACUAAUCCAAAAAAGUUAUUAGUUAACAAAAUAAAAAUUAUUUGUAUAGAACAGAAUAUGUUAGGAAUACAGAAAGUAUCAACUAGCCAUAAUGUAAUGAAUGACAAUAUGCCAUAUGUACAGUAAUUAGAUGAUAACUACAUGUAUAAUGUGCAUCAUAGCAAGCAAUGAACUCUUAUACAUUUUUAUGCUAGCCAUUUUUAUGCUAGCCAUCAUAAAAGGCUAAUUUUGAGCCUACUGUACAUGGUUUUAUUACUCAUCUGUUUUCAUAUUGCUUGGCAGGUGAAAGCCUGGAAGAUUUGAUUACUCAUUGUAAAACCCUUUUGGAAUCCAUGGGUAGCACAGAAUAUGUGGAAUCAAAUUGGACAAAAAGAAUGACUGAUAUGCAGGAAGAUUGGACAAAAGGACGGAGCUCUAUUUUUAACUGGGUUGUCUCUGACGAAAACCACCACUCAGACAAAUGUUCAUUCUGUUUUGGAAGUGAUGCCAAUGUUAGAUGUCAUCAAUGUGGUUUGUCAUUUUACAUGUGCAAUAUCUGUGAUGAAAGAUUACAUUCAUCAAAUCCUUUCCACGACCGAGAGAUAUGGAAUGGGCGUUUUUUUGAGGCUGUUGCACCCAUGGAAAAAUUUGAUGGGUAUAGAAAGACUGGGUCAGGUACCGUAUGUUCUUCACAAUUGACUUGUCUCAAACUUUUGAGUUAUUUUAAUCCACUGCAUUGCAUUAUGUUGCUUUUUCUAAUGCCAGACGAUUUUACUUGUCAGGUGGAGACCGCUGGCAUUUAAUGGGUUAAUGAUUCAUGCUCGCUAGGAGUUAAAGUUUGCAUCUUACUGUAUGUGAUUUGUUUCUCAAUCAAACAGGUCGGCUGUACAGUCUGCAAAAAUAGUACAAAUAUUUUCAAAUAUACAGUACUGUUAAUUCUUGCUAUGGAUUUAUGACACACUUGUGGGUUUUCUAUAUAGUGUCAGCACUCUCCCCUUGAUGAGUAAAAUUGUCUGGCAGUAGACAGAGCAGAAUAAUAAAAUAGGGUGCAAUGCGACUUAAUGGCUUAACAAGACACAUGGGCGUACAGAUAUGUAGGCCAAUUAACCCAUUAAUUAUUAAGCACCAGCGUUCUCCCUCUCACAAAUAAAAUCAUCUGACAAAUAAAAUGAUCUCCCCUUCACAUCUAAAAUCAUCUAAAGUUGGACACAUCAGGGCGCAAUGUGAUUUAAUGGGCAGUGCACAAGCUGUAUGUAGCUGACUCGACUGUGAAAAUGCUGCCCCCCCAGGAUUUCUUAAAAGUGCCCUUUUCUUCAAGCAAAACAAUUGGAAAAGUGCCCUUUUCUAGUACAGUAGAAGAGGCUAAUUAGGGAAAAGCAACCCCCCCCCCCAAUUAACUUCAAGUUACUUCUUACAGUAUAUUGUCUAUGGAAAUGAUUUAGUCCAGUCCAUUUAAUCUAUAGGAAGGCAUACUGUAAAAAUGUGACCAGUCAAAAAACCACUAGGUUGAAAAAUUUGAGAGUCAAGAAGCAUUUUUACAUGAUUACAGUAUGGUGCUGGUGGGAAUGAUAGAUGUCUAAUAAUAGCAUUUAUAUAUAUGUAACUUCUACCUGUUAAUUGACUGACUAAUAUUAUAUUCUAGAGAGGUUUUUGCAUCUUGGACCUAGAAAUUGCCCUUCCUGUGACACAGUGACGUCUUUGACAUGCCAGGCCAAAAAAGAGACAAUAAUAGUUGUAACUAUUAAUGGUAAUAAAUUUAUUCUUAUGACAACUUACUGUACUGUAGUUAAAAAGGUAAAGUUAGUAAAAAAAUUCAUUUCUUGAUAACUUUCAUUAACUAUGUAUUUUUAGGUCGAUUUGAUUUCAACAAAUGUUUAGUAAAAUGUACUAAUUGUAACUUGGUUUGCGAGCCACUGAGUGAUGUUCAGUCGAUUGUAAGGAACGGUUAUUGGCCUGGCAGUUUGAAAUCAUCAUCUUCGUAUAUCUUUCACCAAGAUUUAUUUCAUAUGUGGGAUAUAUUUCAAAAAAGAAUGCCAGGAACAUCUCAGAAAAGUUUUUUUGAGGGACUUGAAGAAAUUUCAUUAACAAAAGGAAGGGUAUGGUUAUAUUUUAUAGCUGACUGUUACAGUACCACUGGCAGGUUUUAGUAGAUCAAACAAAAUUUUACAGACAGUUUUAGACCUAAGUGGUAUACAUGUAGCAGCUGAAAAAGUACAAUUAAGGCAGGAGAGCUGUGUAUAUCUCAUUGUAAGGGCUCAUCUUAAAUUAACUCCAGUGGAGUCCUUUGGAGCUGUGAUUAUAACCCAGCCAUGUUGUUUUGUGUACCAGUACCAUAGUUUGUGUACUGUAAUUUUGUACUGAAGUUAUGACAAAGUUUUAUAAAUAAAGUGUUGAUAAUUAUUUACAUUUGGAACAUACAGUAUUAGAAUAAAACUCUCAUUUGUUCUGUCACCAAAUUAUACCACUGCACUGUUAUUACUAGAUUUUAUAUGCUGAGAGGCAUGAUAUGUAAUGCCCGAAACAAUACACAGUCAUGUAAACCACCAUACUAAUUUCUUGUUUAUAGUGUGGCAUUAUCAACCCGACUGUGUUUUCGAUUGCCUUCAAGGAAUGGAAAUAUUGCCAAUUUGAAUUGGAAUCUUUAAAGGGUGUCAACUGGCUGGAGUGUCCCUGUUGUGAAAAAGAACAGCAUUCUUGUCAUGUGGAUGGAAACAUGAAACUUUAUCGAUACAAACAAUCUGGCUU